CUCCAAUGAAUCAUCAUCAUGGCUAUUUGCUAAAAAAAUGCCAAAGGCGACUCUUGAUUCUCUAUGGGGCUCUCUUGAAGGAAAAUUCAAUAAGUUUGUUGCCGGGGAUAACGCUGAUGAAACUUCAGAUUCUCAGGAAGUUGUUGGUCCUUUCUCUCAUUUUAACACUACAAUGCGAUCAACGCCAGACCAGGCCGAAGUGCGACAGCGUAGGUCCUCAACACCCGGCGUAAACGGGCAUGCUGAUGCUCGUGCAGUAAACGGAUAUCAUUCUAAUGCUUUCAGUCCAGUCUCUUUCGAUGGACAGACCUCGAUAUCGCCUGUUCCAGAAGGCCAAUCUUUUUCGACAGACAAUGGAUAUUCUGCCGUCGAUCAUCAAGGGCAAAAUACGAAUUUAUAUUCUG